CCCCUCCGCUGAUAAUAUCAAAUUUUCACGUACAGCCCCUCUGCUCUGCUCGUUGGUUUACAGUUUCAACAUCGAUCAUUUGGUAUUCGUUCGACUUCAAAAUUCAAAUUAUCUUCCCAAAGACCUAAUUUUAUUUUUCCGGUAGUUCUGCUAAAGUUUUUAUUGGAAUGAGAUUCUGAGUGAUCGGAAGACUAGACUAGUGGAGUGUUGGCAGGCAUUAUUUACUACUUAAAGGUUUCUUUCUUUCUUUCUGGAUGAGAUUCUGAGUAUCCAUAAGGCGGCGAGUGGAGUGUAUGAUUGAGUACGCGUUAGAAGAAGGGUAGAAUUCAGAUUAGAGAGAACGAACGAGGUGGAUUAGGGUUAAGGUGUUGUAGGUAGAAGUGUAGAACCAUGAAUUUGAUAUUCUCCUCUGCAAUAGCGACGUAUAGAUGUUUCAGCUCUAAGGCAGCAGCUGGGAAAAACAGAAAUUUGGCUCAAAGGGCCAUAAGCAGCAAGAAGGAUUCUUCUAGGAAUGAAUCUUCUUCAUCUUCUAAGCCGCCUAAAAAGAGGACUAGAGUAAAAUGGACUGUGGAACAGUCACAAGUUUUGGAUGCCAUUUCUGCUGGGAAGUCAGUUUUUGUUACUGGGUCAGCAGGAACUGGUAAAACCUUUCUGAUCCAGCAUAUCAUCCGGAAGCUCCGAGAAAUUCAUGGGCGAUCUCGGGUUUAUGUCACUGCUUCUACUGGUGUCUCAGCGUGUGCCCUGAACGGGUACACCCUUCAUUCUUUUGCUGGCAUUGGGCUGGGUGAAGCUACAGCCGAAGAAUUACUACACAAGGUUUGUUCCAAUCGGAGGGUGCGCCACAGAUGGAAAAUGGUCCAGGCUUUGAUUAUUGAUGAAAUUAGCUUGAUAAGUGGAGAAUUGUAUGAUAAACUUGAGUUCAUUGCACGCAAGAUACGAAGUAGUAUAAAUGGAUCCGAUGAGGAGAUGGUUUGGGGUGGUAUUCAAGUAGUUGCGAGUGGAGAUUUCUUUCAAUUACCACCUAUCUUUAAUAAGAACACACAGAAAUUUGCUUUUGAAGCUUCUAGCUGGAAACUGAGCUUUGACACUCAGAUUGAUCUUACUACAGUUUUUAGGCAAUCAGAUCCUCAGCUCGUAAAACUUUUACAGGGAAUAAGGAAAGGGGAAUAUGAUUUCGAGGACUUAAAUCUAUUGGAAAAUCACUGCUCAAAUUUGGAGCCUGAUCCUUUAGCUGUAAAGCUCUAUCCAAGGAAUGAUGAUGUAUAUAGAGUAAACAAAAAGCACCUGGAUAGCUUACAUCAGGAUCUUAUUGGUUAUCGAGCUGUUGACAAUGGUGAGGAUAGUUGGAAAGAACAGCUAAAACUGGGAAUAGCACCUGAUUUUCUUGAACUCUGUGUAGGCGCAAGGGUGAUGUUGACAAAGAACUUGAAUGCCCGGCACAAACUCGUGAAUGGUGCUGCUGGUACUGUUAUUGGUUUUGAAUCGGUUAAUGGUACUUAUGAAACAUUUGGCACUAACUGGUUACCUGUAGUGAAAUUUGACUUUAAACCAAAAAAACUUAUUAUUCGUCCAGAAACAUGGUCUAUAAUGGAUGGUGAGGAAGUUGUUGCCGUAAGAAAACAGAUUCCCCUCAUACUAGCAUGGGCUCUAAGCAUCCACAAAUGUCAAGGGAUGACUCUAAACUGCCUUUAUACAGAUCUCAACCGAGCUUUUGGCUAUGGGAUGGUUUAUGUGGCACUUUCACGUGUGAAAAGCUUGGAAGGUCUUCAUUUGUCAAGUUUCAACCCUAAUAUUAUAAAGGUGCACCCGAAAGUAUUGAACUUCGAUAAGAGAUUGUGUAGUCAGCCGGAUCAACCAAAGGAAGAUGCUGUCACCAAAAAAAAACAAGGCGGCAGCAGCACGUGUAACCAAUGAGUUGGCCGAUCCUCACUCAAAUCUUAAUACAAGGAAAUUAUAAGAUUUUUCUUUCAUGAUAUGCUGUGGUGAUAUGAAUGAUAGGGCACCAACCCAACUGAAUUGGUGACUACAGGAUAAAGUACUCAAUCUUCUUGAUUCAUGGCAUUGCUGGAAAAAUCAUCAGAUAUUUUUUCCUUUUUCUUGGAUUAAAACUUGGUAGAAAAAGACUAGCUUAUAGGAUACUUCAAUAAUAACCUCUGAUUGUUAGCCUUCAUAUUUUCCUUCUGGGAGUUCUGGAACUUAUGCCAUUUUUCAUAGUAUACCAUGCAUUUUACUCUGGUACUUUUUGUAUACAAUCUUAGGAAUACAGAAAAUUAGCUGAACAUAUUAGAGAAGGGAAAAUGGAAGAUUGCUUAUAAGAUUUAAUUAUAGAUUUUAGAAAGUACAUCUGCUUCUAUGAUUGGAGUAGUGUUUUCUG